UUCACACGAACCUCGUACCUUCAUUCCUUAUUUUCCGUGAUGAUAUCAUGACUCGGUAGCCCUACAGCUUGGGUUUUAGAGAGAUUGAGCCAUCGAGUUACAGAGCGGGGGAGAAGGCUAUCCAGUCUCCCAGCUGCAUGCUCUCUAAUAACCAAAGCCUGGAGAAGAGAGGAGAGGGAGAGGGAGGGGGACUCAACAGGGAGGCAAUGAAACGGACUCAUCCGCGUAACUAGACACUACCAGUUCAGUUCGGUGGUCAGAGCAUGCGAGAGCGUAGCUAGACCAACCGCAUUCAGUUAUAACUACAAAGGAAUAGAGAGGGAGAAAAUUGAAGUGUUCCAGCCUAGGGAGGCGGCGAGGAUAGGAGUAAGACAUAAGCUACUGGCGGCUUUCGAGCGUCACGGGCAUAUACACCCCGUGUCCAGAAUUUACGGCCAUUCUUGGCAUCAGCCUAUUGUACAAAAUUGCGGAUUUAUAACUGAGUGAAGUCGGGGAUAGUCAUCGACAGUCCUAUUCUUCACAAUGAAGAAAAACAAUUCAGCUAAACGGGGCCCGCAGGACACAAACCAGCACAACACGCAGCCAGACAAAAUCGGUUGGAUUCGCAAGUUCUGUGGCAAAGGGAUAUUUAGAGAGAUCUGGAAAAAUCGUUUUGUAAUACUCAAAGGGGAGCAACUUUACAUCUCAGAGAAAGAGGUGAAGGAUGAGAAGAAGAUCCAGGAGGUGGUUGACCUGACGGAUUACGAGCGUUCUGAGGAGCUCCGCAAGGCCAAGAGCCGCAGCAAGAAGAACCACAGCAAGUUCACCCUGCUGCGCUCCAGAACCCCAGGCAACACGGUCCCUAACCUGGUGUUCCUGGCUGUUAGUCCAGAGGAGAAGGAGUCCUGGAUAAACGCCUUAAAUGGAGCAAUCACCAGAUCCAAGAACAGCAUCCUGGAUGAGGUCAUGGUUGAGGAUGAAAACCUUCUGUCCCAUCUCACACGGGACAGGGCUAAGAUCCCUCACACACGGCGCCUGCCUACACGAGGACACAUCAUGGCUGUGGCCUCCACUUCUACCUCUGACGGCAUGUUAACCCUUGACCUGAUCCAGGAGGAGGACAGCCCCAGCACAGACGGCCAGGACACCUGUGACAAGAGCUUCCGGGCCAACCUGGACAAAUCCACUCAGCUCGACUGCCUCAGGUCCAAAACAGAGGGUGCCAUCAGUAGCAUCUGUCUAGCGACUCCCGCAGAGGUCACUGGGAAGUCCCAGAGCCUUCCGCGCGAUACUGGGGUCACUUGGGACGAUAAACAGCAACUUCAGAGCCCGAUGGGGAAGUCCUGCACUCCUCAGCCGGGCAAGAGGCUCACACCGGCUGAGAAAAGCCGCUGCGCCUCCAUGGACGAGAUCCUCUCACACUCCGGGACGCAGGCCACCAAACCCAGGACAUCCAUCCCCCGCUCUGCCACCUCUGCUCCCCCUGGCAACCUGCCGCCCAUGAGCCAGCUGCAGGACCUAAUCGCUCAGAAGCUGGAGAGAACUCAGGAGCUGCUGAUGCAGGUGCAGGGUGCGAAGGGGGAGGAGGUGGAGCGGGGGAAGGGGAAAGGGAAGGACUCGCCAGGUUCCAAGGGCUCCAGGGGUUCCUCGGACGGGGCCCGGGCAGAGGCAGAGAGGCUGCUGAAGGAGGCAGCGUCCACAUGGGGUCAGGCCAAGGAUGUUCUAGAGGAGGUGAAGGAGCUGAGAGCGCUCUACCGUCAGCUGGACUCCCCGCCCGCCAUCCCUGCCUCCCUCUCACCUCUCACACCCUCCAACAGCGGCAAGCAGACUGACUACAGGAAGAGCAUGAUGUGACCGUCAGAGAACUCAACACAGACUGGACUAUGAAUCCCUAAGCAAAAAAACAACUCAACAUGCAAAGCCACAAUAGUGUUAAAUAUGUCUGUUUCUCUCCUUCUGUGUCCUUUCAUUUGAUUGAUGCUGUGACAAAGUGAGGACAUUCAGUUGCCCAACGACGUCCCCUGUGCUUGACCACUGUGCCCUUACAUGUCUGCUUGAUGAAGGGUGUGGGGGGCAAAGCGAAGGGGCCAAUCUAGGAUCUGAGGUACAUGUUGGCCAGGGAGUCCAGUAGAGAUCCUGUCUCUCUGUACUGACCAGCUGCUGAAAGACCUUGUGAUACUGCAGUGUCGGGUUUUGCCCACAAUCUCAAUGUUUUCCUCUGCGUUGGUUGUCAAAGAGGGGAUGUUGCCAGGUUUGGGCGGGGAAUCAGAAGGGCUUUGCUCUCCAGGGAUAGACACACAGUGGUUGAGGAUGACUCAGAUUACAGGAAGGGAAACAUGGUGUCCAGACCAGCCCGCAUGUUGGGAAUGUGAAUGUUUUCCUUUUUCUGUUACUCAACACACUGGAAGGUUGGUCUGAGCCAGAUUCCCAACAACCACCACUCUAAAAGCAACAUCAGCCCACCGUACACCGUACAGCAUCCUCACUCCCUCUGCUGCUCUGGGAAUGGAGCUCAGUGGACUCCUCAUCUCUGCUGGUCCAUUAUGACUCACAGGGACAAGGGGAACCAGUUCACAUAGUCAGAAAACACUGGCCUUCCAUAGGGUGUUUCUGUCUGUUCCAUGAGCCAUAUGAUAGAGUCAAAAUGGAGGACGUCUGUCUGGGUUGUGUUGUUACUAGAUGGUACCUAUUAGGACAGGGCUGUUCCUUUCCUGUAGGCCUACAACCAGUUGUCUUCAGCCUUGCCACUGCAGCCAUUGAUUCUCAUGCUGCUGUAGAGCCAUGGAGCCGGGGUGGCGUCUGUGUGUGUCUGGUAUGAGUGGUGAUUCUCAUGCUACUGUAGAGCCAUGGAGCCGGGAUGGCGUCUGUGUGUGUCUGGUGUGAGUGGUGAAUAUCAUGCUACUGUAGAGCCAUGGAGCCGGGAUGGCGUCUGUGUGUGUCUGUUGUGAGUGGGAAGCAUGACAUAGAGGUCAGAUGCAGUACUGAGGAGAGGAACCACUUGUAAGUGAUUUGCUAAAAUAGUAAUAAUAACAGAAUUGCACUAUGAAGGAAGGCUGUAAAACAAGAGGAUGAAACUGGUGGGUGGAAACUGGAGAGCACAGAUUCUGUUCAUUCUGUUCUACAUUUUUGAUACGACAAUCUAGUGUUUCUAGAAACAUACUGACUGCAUAGUUCCAACGCUGUGAUACCUAAAACAGUCGCUCAGCUUGUUACUGUUUGAAAAUCUGAGCUUCUCAAAGGUACAAUGUGUUGUGUGUAAACAAUGCUGUUGAUGAACGCAUCCCUCCGGCUAGCUAACAGUGAUGCUAAUGCUUGACCUCUGACCUCCCUGUCCUACUUAAGGUCUUAUAGGGUUUAUGACAGAGAAGAGAGCUAUGCAACGUAGCACGAACACACACAACCACAACGUGAGAGAGAGAGAGAGAGAGAGAGAGAGAGAGAGAGAGAGAGAGAGAGAGAGAGAGAGAGAGAGAGAGAGAGAGAGAGAGAGAGAGAGAGAGAGAGAGAGAGAGAGAGAGAGAGAGAGAGAGAGAGAGAGAGAGCGAGAGAGAGCGAGAGAGAGAGAGAGAGAGAGAGAGAGAGAGAGAGAGCAGCGGCCAAUGGACUGCGUCGCCUAAUCAAAACAUCCAGUGCGCUUCUCUAGAGCACCCCGCCUUGUUUUAUAGUCAGUAGCUACGCAUGUUAUGUGUUGGCACAGUGCUGUGGAAAUGGUUCGCUCUGGACUGUCAGACGGACAAAAACAGUGUUAUGAUUAUGUUGUUAUCAUUGUUUGUAUUUUUUAUUUGUUUAAAAUGCUUUUGUAGGAUGAUUUAAGGCACGCUUUAGAGAAGAAAAUGGCCGGGGCAUUCUAGAAUGUUCACGCUCUUAGAAUACUCAACUGGAAACUCUGCAUAUUGUAGUGUUACUCUGUUUGUUCAACCAACAACCACAACCCAAUAACAGAAGUCAAAAAUCAUUAACGUUGAAGUUGGAUAUGGACAUAAAUGAGGGUGAGGUGAAAAAGGUAUGUUAGAAAGAAGACAAGAGGAAACAUUUAACUGAGUAGGCCAUAAACAAUAUUUUUACUAGUAUGUCUAUUAUUGUUGUUGUUAUUUAGUUUUAUCUGGGAUGAAGUACUCUCUUGUGUGAGGCUGAACACAAAAUGUUUGUGCAAUCCUAAAAGAUUGAUAUGACAGCCGAUGCACUGUACAUACUCGGAGCAGUUUGAAUCAUUUCAAAGGAUGUUGCUGUAUUUUCUUAUUGCGUUGCGUUAUGAUGGAGACGAAAGUGGCUUUGCUUUGCACUGAUGUUCAUCACUUCUGGACUGUCAAAGUACUUGAGACAUAACCACUUGUGCAAUUAUAACAAUCAGCCUAAUUCAGACAACCAGUGUUCUACAUUGAAUGUUUGCUUUUUUAAGUCAAAACCUAGCCGAGAAUUGUAAUAAAAUGAUUUUUGUAUGUCCAUUCAGAAGAAUACCCUACUGGAAUAUAGGGCUGGUUUUCAUAGGAAAUGCUGAGGUAGGAAGUGAUUGAUCCAAGCAUUGUUUUUACGGCAGCAAUAAUACCAUCUUCAAGCUAUGCCAAAGAUAAUAUGGCUGUACAAGGAAAUAAAACUAUUCCCAUUGAAAUA